GUUCUUUUAUAUAUACGGCUUUCGUGUGAAAGAGAGAGGGAAGGAGAGCAGAAGAGCGCAGAGAGGCUGAGAUCGAGGAGGGGAAAACAGAAACUGAGACGAGGAAAAAGAGGGCUGGCUUUUCUCGUACGACACAGAGAGAGAAGAUGUGGCAUGAGGCGAGGAGAUCCGAGAGAAAGGUCCACGAUCUAAUGGAUGCUGCACGCAAGCGUGCGCAGAGGCGCGCAGUGUUCCUGGCCAAGAGGCGUGGAGAUCCCCAGCAGUCCCUCCAGGUCGCAGGCUCCCGUUGUCGCAUCCAUCGCGACGAUGCUCUCUACCAGGCUACCCAAGACCAGCAGGGCCUAAUUCCAUGGAAUGGGCAAGAAAAUGUGUUAAUUGACAGAUUUGAUGGACGUGCACUUCUUGAUUUUAUUCGAGAACCUGAUUCAAGAGGGUUCCGAGUCCAAGAAAAGACAGAGGAAGAAGAAGAACUGGAAGAGUUUGUUAAUUUUGAGCGUUACCGGGAUUUAAUUAAGCAUCGCCGGAAAGGAUUUACUGAUGAGGAGGGUUUGCAACAUGUUGAUCAUGAGCUGGAAGCAAGGCUCUCUGCACCUUUUGCAUUUGACAGAUCCUACCCGGUGCAACCUCCAGCAAACAAAGGUUCCUACACUCAAGUGGGAUUUUCAUAUGAAGACGAUGGGAAGGAUGAACCCCAGCUUUUGGAGAGUGAUGUUGAUGAUGAGGAUGAUGAUGAUGAGAAAGACAGUACUAGUGAUGACAGUGACAAUGAAGGAAUGGAUUUAAUUGCAAAAGAAUUUGGAGUGAAAAGAUUUAGUUGGCUUGUUUACAUGGAUAGGAAGGCCAGGGAAGAAGAGAAACGACAAAAAGAAGUUGUUAAAGGUGAUCCGUCCAUGAGAAAGCUCAGCCGUAAGGAAAGAAGAAAGGCUUCUCAGAUGGAAAGAGAAAGAGAAAGGGAAGCUGCCCGCGUGAUAGGGAGCCGCAAGUCCCACCAUGACCCCUACAGGGAGCCUCGGCGAAGCCCUACCUAUGAAGCUUAUUCACGUUCUCGGAUGAGAUCAAGAUCCAGGUCAUGCUCACGUUCGCCUUCAUAUUCAAGACGUCAUGAUCGUGGAGCAUAUUAUGACAUCGGGCACCAAAGCAGAUCAAGGACUUCAAAGAUAGAGUACAUUACAGAGUUUGGAGGCUCUGGUGACAUGGAUGAUCAGAAGCUGGAAGGAGUCUCUCCACCACGAUCUCCUCCAUUUCAAGCUGAUGUACCUAACCGGCCAUCAACUGGUCGUAUACUUGAGGCCCUGCAUAAUGAUCCUGCAUCCUCUGUCUCUCUUGGUCAGGAGAAGAGCACAAAAGUGUUGAAAGCAUCAUCCGUUAGCACGUCAUCAGCUUUGGCAAAGUUAAGUAAGCCAACUGCUAUUGGGGCUUCCGUAAAGCCACAACAGAGUGAGAAAAAGGAAACUCCCCAGGAACGUCUUAAAAGGAUAAUGAGCAAGCAGCUGAAUAAGCAAAUUAAAAAGGAUACCGUUGUUGAAAUGGCUAAGAAGCGUGAACAAGAGCGGCAAAGGCAAGAAAAGCUUGCAGAAACAAAUAGAAUAAGUCGUUACAGGUGUCGCAGUCGUAGUCGGAGCUACAGCCGCUCUCCUCCAAGACAUCGCUGUAGUAGAAGCAGUGGUCAAAGCCAUAGCAGGAGCCCUAGAAGAUACUAUUCUCGUUCUCGAUCACCCAGGUAAUCACGGGUAAGAAGUCGCUCCAGAUACUGAGACGAUGGCAGUUUAAAUUAUAAAUGUGCUAUUGCAGGGUGAGAAGUCGGUCCAGAUACUGAGGUGCUGCCGGUUAGAAAUAGGAAGUACCUGUUCUGUAGAAUGUAUCCUUCAUCUUGUGUUUACUUUUCUCGAAUGAUAUAUCCUUAUGUGCUUUUACAUAUCACAUGUUACGGUUGUAAAUUUUCAUGGGACGACAUGGUUAAAAGUGUAAAAGGAGCAUUUAUUACAUUCAAAGGGCCACGACUAUUGUAGAUUUUUCUGGGGCCACUUCAUGUACCAACAACGAUUGCUGGAUAAAUUGGAUAUAGAAUUUUGCAAAUUUUAUAA